CUAUAUAGUUCUUCUGGAAAGACACAAUUAGGACUUCAAUUGUGCUUGUCAGUACAAAAACCAGCCCUUGAAGGGGGUCUUGAAGGAUCAGCCAUUUAUAUACACAGCGAGGGCCCGUUUCCGUCGAGCAGACUCAACCAACUUGUUGAUAAAUAUGUGUCUAAAUAUGGUAACAAGGUGGAUGUAGAUAAUCUAAGAAAUAAUAUUCAUACGAUGCGUGUGUCCGAUGGAGAGAGUCAGUAUCGUGUGUUGGCUUAUCAACUACCUGCAUUUCUAGACUUGCAGCAAAAGAGUCAAAAAAAGAUUCGGCUUGUCGUGAUAGAUUCUAUCAGUGCAAUUUAUAGAGGUGAUGGCGCUUAUAAGCAGCGUUUUGACAAAAUGGCAGAGAUAUGUGAAAUAGGUAUGCGACUGAAGAGAAUAGCCAGUCAGUAUAACCUUGCUGUCGUCACUAUUAAUCAAGUCACGGAUGUUCCAGAUACUUCCCUCAAAGGAAGCGCGUUCAUAAGUCAUAUGGAAGAAUGGUUAGACUUUAAUCUGAUAAAUCAACAAGAAAACGGCCGAUUAGGAUUGUUUAUUCAUUCGUUGUUAAAGAAGCCUACUUUAGGUCUAUCCUGGCAGAACUCUGUUAAUACGAGAAUUAGAUUGGCUAGAUCACAAAUGAUGGAACAUGUUGUCACUAGACGCGUUUUAUUUAUAGAGUUUUCACCCAAGGCAAAGCGAUCAGGAUGUGAAGUCGUAAUUGAUGAUACUGGCAUUCAUGCAGUCUAACUAUGGCUGACCAUAUCGUUUACUUCCCCUCUCU